GUCUGUUCCAUCCUCCCAACUCAAUUUCUAGGUCUUCGCUGUACUGAACGUUGCCCACCAUGUCAACACGACCAUUGAAUGAUGAUGAGGUUAUUAGCGAGAUGAACAAGAUGGUGGCGUUCAUCAAGCAGGAGGCAUUGGAAAAGGCCAGAGAGAUUAAAGUCAAAGCGGAUGAGGAGUUCGCGAUCGAGAAGGCCAAACUCGUGAAACAAGACCAGCAAGCUAUCGAUCUGCAGUAUGAGAAGAAGCGCAAGGGUGCUGAAACUGCACAGAAGAUUGCACAGUCAACCUUGACGAAUAAGUCACGUCUCAAACUCCUUCAACAACGAGAGGAACAUCUUCAGGACCUCUUUGAAACAGCACGCGAAUCGAUUCUUGACCUCGCCGCAAACGAAGGCCAAUACGUUCAGUUCCUUGAGGGCGUAAUUGUCCAAGCACUUCUACAACUUCUCGAGUCGGACGCGACUGUACAUGUCAGAGGGAAGGAUGUUGAUAUCGGAAAGAAGGCUGCCAAAAAUGCUCAGAAACAGUACACCGAGAUCAGUGGCAGGCAUGUCGACGUCAAAGUAGAGGGGUCAUUGUCGAAUGAACUAGCUGGUGGUGUCAUUUUGAUCAGCGGGGACAGGCGCAUUACGGUUGACAACACUCUCGACGAACGGUUACGCCUGCUCGAGGAUAGAAUGCUGCCCGAAAUUCGAUUCGAUCUCUUUGGAGCUAAUCCGAACCGCAAGUUCUAUCACUAGUUGUGCGCGGAUACCAGACAUGGAGAUGGAUCCUGUACCAGUAUCACCGAGGAUUUUAUAUAACGGACAUCAUAAUCUACACUCUGACGAUUGUAGUUGAGCCGGGGGAGCUGUUGAACGACGACAAUGUCUUUCCUUUGUAGACAACCUGAAUCGGCCUCGCUUUCGCAUGGGUAUCAGUCUUGAUCGUGAUGGGACCAAGUUGGCUGUUCGUCCAUUGGAAGUCUACCGUCAAGCCUCCUCUCACCCUUGCGCCCUUAAUUGAGCCGGAAGGCCAGUUGUCCGGAAGAGCAGGAAGGACCGUGAUGACUAUUGGCGUUGUCAAUGAUGGAACGUCAGGUGCUUGCAGCAAUCCGUUCUGUGAACGUAUUCAUGAACAUCAAUGACGAAUCGUGCAAUUAUAUCAUGAGACCU